UCUUGGCUCAACUUGGCUCCAGCCUUGCUGACAGCACUUUGCGAAGAUCGCCGGGCCAGUCAUGUGCGACAUCGAGUCCAAUUCCUUUGGACACUUCGAGGGCAUCGGAGCAGAGCAGGUGCGUUUGGGAUUCAUCCGGAAGGUCUAUGGCAUCGUGGCGUGUCAGGUGAGCGUCACCGCCCUGGCAGCGGCCUUGGCAUGCGGACCCUUGCAGCAUCCCAUGGUCGCCAUGGCCGUGGAAGAACAGCUACCCAUUGAACUUCUACGGACUUUGCUUCCUCACUGCAGUCAUCGCGCUGGACAUCGCGGUGCUCAGCGCCACGGUGGCGGCCGUCGGGCUGGGCGCGCUGCUGGCGGAGGCGGCGGUGAUCACGGCGCUGCUGGUGACGGGACUCACCGUCUACACCUUCCGCUCUAAGCGCGACUUUUCCUUCCUGGGUGCCAUCCUUUGGCCCAUGAGCUUCGCACUCUUCGGCUUUGGCCUUCUGAGCUGCAUCUUCCCAUCGCUGCACACUGGCGUGAUGGGCUUGGUGG